UCAUUGGCCAGUGCGCCUCCACCCGUUUGUUCGGAGACUCCGUCUGAAGGUGAAAGUCGCCCAUUCCACUGCCGCCUGAGCCCGCGUCGUUCGCCUGCAGAGUCCCGCUGCACUUGCCUUCCACGCUUCUCAGAUACCGCUAUGUCGGUGUUCAGCGAAGUCCCGCAAGCCGCACCCGUGGCUGUUUUCAAGCUCACGGCCGACUUUCGGGAGGACACCGACCCGAGGAAGGUCAACUUGGGUGUAGGAGCAUACAGGACCGAUGACUGCCAGCCAUGGGUGCUGCCGGUGGUGAAGAAGGUAGAGAAGAUUAUUGUGGAGGAUCAGAGCCUCAAUCACGAGUACCUGCCCAUCCUGGGUCUGCCAGAGUUUCGUUGUAGUGCAUCUAAGAUUGCCUUAGGGGAGGAGAGCCCUGCCAUCAAAGAGAAGCGGGUGGGAGGUGUCCAGUGCCUGGGAGGUACGGGGGCCCUGAAGGUCGGAGCAGAGUAUCUUCGACGGUGGUACAACGGGAACAACAACACGGGCACACCUGUCUAUGUGUCGACGCCGACGUGGGAGAACCACAAUGGUGUGUUUGUCGAUGCCGGAUUCCAGGACAUCCGGACGUACAGGUACUGGGAGCCCGAGAAGCGUGGGCUGGCUUUGGGCGGCUUCCUGGCUGACCUGGAGAAUGCCCCAGAACGCUCCAUCAUCGUGCUACACGCCUGUGCCCACAACCCGACCGGCACUGACCCCACCCAGCAGGAGUGGAUGCAGAUCGCAGACGUCAUGAAGAGGCGGAGUCUCUUCCCCUUCUUUGACUCCGCCUACCAAGGCUUCGCCUCUGGCAGCCUGGAGAAGGAUGCCUGGGCUGUCCGCUACUUUGUCUCCCAGGGCUUUGAGAUCUUCUGUGCUCAGUCCUUCUCCAAGAACUUUGGACUGUACAACGAGAGAGUGGGGAACCUCACUGUUGUUGCCAACGAUGGUGAAAACCUGGCCCGUGUCCUGUCCCAGAUGGAGAAGAUCGUCAGGACCACUUGGUCCAACCCCCCCUCGCAGGGUGCCCGUCUAGUCGCUGUCACGCUGACCACGCCGGAGCUGUUUGAGGAAUGGAAGGGCAACGUGAAGACGAUGGCGGACAGGGUGCUGCUGAUGAGGGCUCAGCUGAAGGCCAAGCUGCAGGGCCUGGGGACCCCCGGCACCUGGGAUCACAUCACCCAGCAGAUCGGCAUGUUCAGCUUCACCGGCCUCAACCCUAAGCAAGUCGAGUUCCUCAUCAAGGAGAAGCACGUCUACCUGAUGGCGAGCGGCCGCAUCAACAUGUGUGGCUUGACCAGCAAGAACAUCGACUACGUGGCCGAGUCCAUCCACGAGGCUGUCACCAAGAUCCAGUAGGAGGGGCUUCCCCGCCUAGCGCCGCCCCCCCGCUGCCCCUAGUAUUUCCUGUCCCUGCUUCGGUUAUCAUGCUCUUGAAGGAGAAAGAAAAUGGGGGAGGUUGGGGGUGUUUUCAUAGCAGAUAGUCCUACAAAGCACAUGACAUUUCAGAUAAUUAUUGAGUAUGGAAGGAAGAGAAUUCUUUUGUGUUUUAGUCAGUGUGUGAUAUUUGUGUGAGCGUGUGUGCAUCUUGUCAGUCUUAUGGGUUUGGUGCAGUAAGUGUUUCACUUUUUUUUUUUUUUUUAAUUCAGGGCUUCUGGGUACCUUUAUUCACAGUGGGGGUUGUGAGAACAAUGUCAUUUUCAAAGGCAUUCGGUUGCUAGGUAACGUUCUGCAAACUGGCCCAAUGUGGCUUGCGCUGCUAUUCCUAAGAGCCGGAGGAGUGACCUAAUCUGUAACUCUCCAGCCUUCAAAUGGGGCGGAAGAAUCCUUUCCCCCAUUCAUGAAGAAUAAAGCAUGGGGAAUCGCCAUGGAAACGCAUGAUGUCACAGUCACGCACACUUAGUGACGCUGAAUAACAUCAAAGUGAGAGAGUGCUUAAUUUUAAUCCUGGCGAUUUAAUCUUUUCCUACCGACAUUAUGUGUUUAAAUACUCAAAUUCUUGGCCGUUUCACACAUCGUGAGUGGCGUGUACCUUUGUCGCCUUUAAGAAUAAUAGAGUGAAAGUCUGUGUUUUCUCCAUUUCUAUGUUAAAUCUGCAAAAAAGACAACAUUUUACAAAUGUUGUACAAUAAAGAAAUUCAACCUGCAGUCUUAUUUAGCCCUGGUUUUUACGUUGUAUGGUUAUGUAUGGUUUCUGGGAUCCCAAACAUACGCUAGUAAUGUGGAAGUACAGAUAUAUUUAUUUUUAACAUAUUUGAGGUUGUACUGCAUAUAAGAAAAGAAACGGCCGCCUGACUACAUUACCCAUAGUCAAAGUUGGUGACCCUGACCUGUGGUGCAGGGUCACAAAGGAUGCUGGGUAAGGUAGUUCCAGCACAUAGACUGUCUGCAUGUUGCUUCAGUUAUUGGUUUCAUCCAGUGCUGCUUUGCUGUGUGUGCCACCUCUCCCUGUAUGACCUCCGAAGUAAGACGCACUGUAUGUUCCUGUGCAUGAACCGGCUUCUGUGCACCACAAUGCCAUGCUGUAGGAUGUUGCAAUAAAAGUGAGUUGAUUCAAAAAUAAAUCAGUGGUGUUUGUG